AUGUCGAGCUGUAAGUUUAUCGCAAUGACGAGCGGCAAAUGUCCGGGAAUUUGGAGCUUUUCGGAGUUUCAAAUGCAGAUUAUGAUGGAAGAGGAUGAGGGAGACAUGGGACAGUGGAAGUACUUCAAAACACGAGAGGAAGCUCGGGAUCAUCUUUAUAAGCACAAAAUCCCAGCGCUGUACGAAGAUGGCGAAGCAAUCGAAGCAUAUCCACUCAAUCGUUUCGCAGACCCAGUCAAAGGAUUGCCGACUGACACAUUCUACGAAGGACGCGACAAUCGAACUUGGAUUUUGGAUGACGAAGGCUCUCACGUGGUUUACUGCUCGAUCAUCAAGAAGGACGAAGAAUAUGGACUCGGGUUGCACUGGGGAAACGACCUUGAAAUAGCGCUACCGAUUCAUUCUAUUCACGCAAACAGAUCUAUGGACGCACUUAUUGCAGAGGUCAUCGGGGUUGAGGGCGCUUUGCGAGAUUCCCUACGUCUUGGCAAAAAUCGCGUCACUGUUCGAUGCGAUUCCGAGCACGCAGUAACCAAAUUGAACAAAGAACUCCAGCUGGGUGUCCAGUUCACAGGAGAAUUGGGCAACUACAGAAACGGGAACUUUGGACGAAAAGUGGCGCCGGAAUGGUAUGAAGUUUUGAAGCUAGCGAACGCGCUGAUGAGCUUGAAGAUCGAACGCGUCGACAAUACCGACAAGAAUUAUCACCGAGCGCGCAAGCUGGCUCACGAAGGAAGGCAGAUGAUGAAGGUCUCGCUCGACAGAGUCCACAAGACUCAAACCAGACCAAAACGAAACAACAAAAACAAGAACUAG